CGGGGAGUGAAAGUGGCCUUUGACCCUCCUAAGUGCUGUGUCGGUGGCCCCUCUUGCGAUCGGGACUUGGUAGCACCUCUGAUUAGGAGUUUCAUAGGCUUGAGACAGAAAUCGGCAUAAGACAAAGGAGUUCCUUCAGUCCUGUUGGGGGCUUCCUUGGUGCACAGAUAAAAGAUGGAAGAGGAAGAAGCAUCUGGCCAUGAAGCAGGAAGAUGCUCCUAUACCACCAAGGCUGGCAGCAGUGAGGAAUUCUGGGAAAGAACCAUACAGCAAGGCCUGGGUGAAGAGAACACCCUCAGUUCAGAUGUGCACCGACUGCAUUUCAGGCAGUUCUGCUACCAGGAGGCUGAGGGGCCACGAGAAGUUUGUAACGAACUCUGCAGUCUCUGCUGUCUGUGGCUGAAGCCAGAGCAACACACAAAGAAUGAGAUCUUGAACCUGGUGAUCCUUGAGCAGUUCUUGUCUGUCCUUCCACCGGAGAUGGAGAGCUGGGUGAGGGAAUGUGGAGUGGAGACCACUUCCCAGGCGGUGGCCCUGGCAGAAGGCUUCCUCCUGAGCCAGGAAGAGGACAAGAAGCAGACAGAGCAGCAGGGGAAGGAUCUCUUUGCAGAAAUGGACAUCGCUUUCAUUGAGGCUGAGAAGACUCCAUCAGACACCAUUCAGGGUCCACUGGGGGAUGAAAUGACACCAGGGAGAACUCAGCUGUCUCGCUUUCGUGACGAAGGGAAAGCAGCUGCUGUGGAACCAGAUGAGCGUCCAGUGUCCUUUGAGGAUGUGGCUGUGUCUUUCACAGAGGAGGAGUGGGCGCUGCUGGAUCCUGACCAGAAAGCUCUGCAUAGGGAAGUCAUGGAGGAAAAUGGUGGGAUCGUGGCCUUUCUCGGUGACAAAUUGAAAACCAAGAAUAAGAGAAACGGUGACAAAAUUAACACAGUUGGGGAGUGUGGAGAGAACUUAACUCAGAAUUCCAAAACCAGAAUUCGUACCAGGGUGAAACCAUAUGAAUGCUUGGAAUGUGGACAGAGCUUCUGUCACAAGAAUAAGAUGACUUCCCAUCAAAUAAUUCACAGAGAGGAGCAACUGUAUCAGUGCUUGGAAUGUGGAAAGAGCUUCCAUCAGAGACCCCAUCUCACUUCCCCUAAAAAAGUUCACAGCGAGGAGAAACCGUGUCAAUGCUUGGAAUGUGGAAAGACCUUCAGCUGGAAGGAAGCUCUCAUCUCCCAUCAAAUAAUUCAUAAAGGGGAGAAACCAUAUAAAUGUUUCGAAUGUGGAAAGAGCUUCAGCCGGAAGGAAACUCUCACCUCCCAUCAAAGAACUCAUAAAGGGAAGAAACCGUAUCAGUGCUUAGAAUGUGGAAACAGCUUCAGCUGGAAGGAAACUCUCAUCUCCCAUCAAAUAAUUCAUACAGGGGAGAAACCAUAUCAGUGCUUGGAAUGUGGAAAGAGCUUUAGCCGGAAGGAAAAUCUUAUCUCCCAUCAAAGAAUUCAUAAAGGGGAGAAACCGUAUAAAUGCUUGGAAUGUGGAAACAGCUUCAGCCAGAAGAAAACUCUCAUCUCCCAUCAAAUAAUUCAUACAGAGGAGCAACUGUAUCAGUGCUUGGAAUGUGGAAAGAGCUUCCAUCAGAGACCCCAUCUCACUUCCCAUAAAAAAGUUCACAGCGAGGAGAAACCAUGUCAAUGCUUGGAAUGUGGAAAGAGCUUCAGCUGGAAGGAAGCUCUCAUCUCCCAUCAAAUAAUUCAUAAAGGGGAGAAACCGUACAAAUGUUUUGAGUGUGGAAAGAGCUUCAGCCGGAAGGAAACUCUCACCUCCCAUCAAAGAACUCAUAAAGGGAAGAAACCGUAUCAGUGCUUAGAAUGUGGAAACAGCUUCAGCUGGAAGGAAACUCUCAUCUCCCAUCAAAGAAUUCAUAAAGGGGAGAAACCCUAUAAAUGCUUGGCAUGUGGAAAGAGCUUCAGCCGGAAGGAAACUCUCAUCUCCCAUCAAAGAAUUCAUACAGGGGAGAUACCGUAUAUAUGCCUGGAAUGUGGAAAGAGCUUCCGUCAGAGACAGCAUCUCACUGCCCAUGAAAAAGUUCACAGCGAGGAGAAACAGUAUCUAUGCUUGGAAUAUGGGAAGAACUUCAGCCGGAAGGAAACUCUCAUCUCCCAUCAAAGAAUUCAUACAAGGGAGAAACCGUAUCAGUGCUUUGAAUGUGGAAAGAGCUUCAGCCGGAAGGAAACUCUCAUCUCCCAUCAAAGAAUUCAUAAAGGGGAGAAACCGAAUCAGUGCUUGGAAUGUGGAAAGAGCUUCCGUCAGAGACACCAUCUCACUUCCCAUGAAAAAGUUCACAGCGAGGAGAAACCGUAUCAAUGCUUGGAGUGUGAAAAGAGCUUCAGGCGGAAGGAAACUCUCAUCUCCCAUCAAAGAAUUCAUACAGGGGAGAAACCAUAUCAAUGCUUGGAAUGUGGAAAGAGCUUCCAUCAGAGACACCAUCUCACUUCCCAUGAAAAAGUUCACAGUGGGAAGAAACCCUGUCAAUGCUUGGAAUGUGGAAAGAACUUCAGCCGGGAGGAAAAUCUCACUUCCAAUGAAAAAAAUCACAUAGGAGGGAAACCAUAAAUGCUGUGGCAGCUGGUGGUCACUGAGCCUGGCAGGGCUGCUAGGAUGCCAUGGAGACACAGCCAGUGAGGUCACAGAGGUUUAGGCAAGUUGGGAGGUGAUUAUAUACUGAUUAUGGGGAAGGGUUCAGUCUCAGGAUUCACGUGUACCUUUCUGUGCAGACUUGCUCUUUAAUUGCUUUAAUAUUUUAAAAAAACUAGUUUGCUUGUUUGGAAAAGGAAAGGAAAGCACUGGAAGAAGAAAGUAUAAGAAUCCAUUGCUCUGUUUCCUCAACACAUGGUGUCUUAAGGACAUUAAAAAAUGGCUGCUCAUUCGCAGUCCAGGAAGGGGAAAUACUGGCAAUCGGAAGAUAUCAAGCUGCUUUUUCAAUUUAUUUCAGCUGAGGGAAGGGCAAACGGAAUUCUCGCCAGCACUCCCUAAUAAGCACAACAUUAAUUUGGCACAUUUCACACAAACGUCUUGAGGGAAGAUAUGUCUGGUCUCCAGGCAGGCCCACUCACAACUGAAAUUAUAUACAAACAUUUUUUUAAAGUUAUGCAGCGCCGUAGGGGGUGCCUGUGGCCAAGUCAAGGAGGUUCACAUCCUCUGGGUUGCCAGGGGAAGCUGAGCUGAGCUGAGAGGACAGGAGGCCACCAGAUGUGCAUCAUGCCUUUACUUUCCUCAUAGAAUCAGAAGAAUUAACUUUAGCAUUCAAAUAUAGUAGAAAACCGUUCCUUCAGACCAUUCAUUUUUGCAAUGUAAUUAAAUUGGUAAUUUUAAUGUAUUUAUUGCAAUGUAAAUAGUAUUUCCUCUUUCUGUUUCUGUUAGUGUGCGCUUCUGUGCCUGUAAGAGUGGUAUUAAUGCUAGUUCUACUCAUAGUAGACCAAUUGAAGUUAAAGGGCAUGACUAAUUUAGAUUCAUUCAUUUCAGUGGGUUAGGUGAAUAUGAAUUCAACUGAUCCAUUGAAUGCAACCCUAGGAUACUGCAGAUCUUAGCUUUUACAUCAUAUAAAAACUAGCGAAUGCCCUCUAAUUUUUUGGCAAAGGACCAAUCUAUUCCAGCAACAAAGCGUUUUAUUUAACUAAUAUAUAAUAUUAAUACCAAACUUUUAUUAUGUGUUUACUCUUUUUUUUAAGGUUCUCCUAUGAUGCUUUGCAUUUCAAUGUUAUGUCGUUAGGCCAGGGCUCCUUUGGACAGCUGAAUAAUUUGUAGAGCUGUGCACCGGAUGCAGCUGAAUCGCAAACACAAUGUGGUCGAUUUGGGAUGUGUCCGGAUUGAGUUGAAGCAGCUACAGAUGUCUACCAAAUUGAUCAGCUGGUGUUGAAUCAUUUGUAGAGAUUUGUACAGAUCUAUAGCUCAAAACAGUCUCUAUUUAAGCCAGAAAGAGAGUCUCAGCAAUGUAGCAAUUAGAACACCAUAGAAGGAGAAUGCCAGGAUAUGGAGAGGUUGAGAAGGUUAGAAUGCUAUGACCCAUCCAACACUCCCGAAUCACAGUGCUUGCAUGGGUGUGUGAAGGCUUAAAAUGCAGAAAUGUUUCGUAAGUUCUGCCUCUUAGAAAUGUUUGGUGGGGGUUUGGUGGCAUUUGUUCAUCCCAAGGGACAUGGGAGAACCAUCUGAGGCCCGCUGGAAUGAAUUUGCUAGGCACUUCCAGGAUAAAAUCUUUAGCAUCCGCCAGGAAUUAGACUCCAGUGUUCUAGCAGGUGAAUCAAGUGGGAUAUCCAGAGCACAGCCUUGUCCUGAUUUCUUGGAUGAGUUUCAGUUGGUACAGCUUGAGGAUGUUGACAAGGUGCUUGGACAGGUUUCUGCAACCACUUCUGUGCUGGAUCAUUGCCCUUCUUGGCUAAUAAAAGCUAGCAGGGAUGGAACAGCCGGCUGGGCCAGGGAAGUGAUUUAUUUAUUUAUUAUAUUUCUAUACCGCCCCAUAGCCGAAGCUCUCUGGGCGGUUCACAACAUAUAACAUCCAAUAUAUAAUUUAAAAACAUAUAUUAAACUAAAAAUUAUACCAAAAAUACCUAAACAUAAUUAAACAUAUAAACAACUACAAAACUCAGUACUAAAAUAUUAAAUGUAAAAUGCAUUAAAUCGAUUGAAUAUUAAGAUGUUAAGAUGUAAAUAUUAAAUUGCUAAAAUAUUUAAAAUUAUAUAUAUUAGAAUGCCUGGGAGAACAGGAAGGUUUUUACCUGGCGCCGAAAAGAUAACAAUGUUGGCGCCAGGCGUACCUCAUCAGGGAGAGAAUUCCAUAAUUCGGGGGCCACCACAGAGAAAGCCCAUUUUCUUGUUGUCACUUUCCGGACUUCUCUCUGGUCUGCGAGAGGCGGUGGUCCCUGGCUGCCCGAAAGAGGCGGUAGUGAGACCACUCCUGAAGAGAUCCUCCUUGGACCCAGAAAAUCUUAAUAACUAUAGGCUGGUGGCAAAUGUUCCAUUCCUGGGCAAGGUCCUUGAACGAGUGGUUGCGGGCCAGCUCCAGACACUCUUGGAUGAGACCGAUUAUCUGGAUCCAUUUCAGUCGGGUUUCAGGCCUGGCUUUGGCACAGAAACAGCCUUGGUCGCCCUGUAUGAUGACCUUUGUCGGGAGAGAGACAGGGGGAGUGUGACUCUGUUGAUUCUCCCAGCGGCUUUCGAUACCAUCAACGAUGGUAUCCUUCUGGGAAGACUGGGUGAGUUGGGAGUGGGAUGGACUGCAUGGCAGUAGUUCCGCUCCUACUUGGCGGGUCGCCUCCAGAAGGUGGUGCUUGGAGAACAUUGCUCGGCACCCUGGACUCUCCAGUAUGGGUUUCAGCAGGGAUCAGUUCUGUCCCCCAUGCUGUUCAACAUCUACAUGAAACUGUUGGGUGUGGUCAUCCAGCUCUUUGGAAUGCGUUACCAUCAGUACACUGAUGACACACAGCUCUACUUCUCCUUUUCAUCUUCUUCAGGUGAGGCUGUCAAUGUGCUGAACCUGUGCCUGGCUGUGACAAUGGACUGGAUGAGGGCUAAUAAACUGAGGUUUAAUCCAGACAAGACUGAGAUGCUGCUAGUGGGUGGUUCUUCUGACCAGAUGGUGGAUGUCUAACCUGUCCUGGAUGGGGUUGCACUCCCCCUGAAGCAGCAGGUUCAUAGCUUGGGGGUUCUCCUAGAACCAUCUCUGUCACUUGAGGCUCAGGUAGCCUCGGUGACAUGGAGUGACUUCUACCAACUUCGGUUGGUGGCCCACCUGUGCCCCUAUCUAGACAGGGAUAACCUGGCUUCAGUUGUCCAUGCUCUGGUAACGUCCAAUUUAGAUUACUGCAAUGCAUUCUACGUGGGGCUGCCUUUGAAGACGGUUUGGAAAAUGCAGCUUGUGCAAAAUGCAGUGGCCAGAUUGGUAACAGGGACCAGACGGUCUGAACGUACAAAACCGAUUCUGGCCCGCUUGCAUUGGCUGCCUGUAUGUUUCUGAGCUCGAUUCAAGGUGCUGGUUUUAACCUAUAAAGCCUUACACGGCUUGGGACCACAAUACCUGAUGGAACGCCUCUCCCAACACGAACCCACCCGUACACUACGUUCAAGAUCAAAGGCCCUCCUCCCGGUGCCUACUUCGAGGGAAGCUGGGAGUCUGGCAACAAGGGAGAGGGCCUUCUCAGAGGUGGCCUUCAAUUUAUGGAAUGAUCUCCUUGACGAGGUGUGCCUGGCACAAACACUGUUAUCUUUUUGGCACCAGAACAAGACUUUCCUCUUCUCCCAGGCAUUUUAGCAUGUGUUUUUAAAUUAUUUUAAAUUUGUAAAUUGUGUUUUAAAUUGUUUUUAA